AUGCUUAGUUGCUGUUGUUCAUGUUCAAAUUUGAGAACCCAGAUAGAGACAUGGCUUCGUGAUUAUGACAGGAUUCAGUCAUCCGCUGUUGUUCUCAUCUAUAUCCAAAUCGGUUGCGCGCUCAUAGGAUCACUGGGGGCACUGUAUAGCGGAGUGUUGCUCAUAGAUUUGGCGAUUGGGUUGUUUGCUUUGGUGGCCAUUGAGAGUAGCAGCCAGAGCCUUGGAAGAACUUACGCUGUUCUUCUCUUCUGCUCCAUUUUGCUCGACAUUUGUUGGUUCAUUCUCUUCGCCCACGACAUCUGGACCAUUUCACAGGAUACAUACGGGACAUUUGUUGUUUUCUCGGUGAAACUUACUCUGUGCAUGCAGAUUGUUGGGUUUUCUGUAAGGUUGUUUUCUUCAUUGUUAUGGAUCCAAAUGUAUAGACUUGGAGUUUCCUAUUUGGAAACUUCAGUUUCCGUUCCUCAUGAAGCAGACGCUGUUGUCGAUUUGAGAAGCAGUUUCCUCAAUCCAGCAACACCUUCUUCCAUUGUCAGGCAACCUUCUGUUUCUAAUGAUGUCUUAGGAGGUUCUAUUUACGAUCCUGCAUAUUACUCUUCUUUAUUUGAAGAGGGGAAAGAUGAUGCUUCCUUGUACAUGGUUGGUCAAAACCAUGAUAUUGUCAUUGAGCCAACUGCUACUGCUGAAGCUUCUGAAGAGAAACUGUUUUUGAGCAGAAGUCUUCUCAGAAAAGAUGUAAGCUGUAAAUGAUAUCUUUAUACGAGAUCGUGGAUGCUUGUUUUAGCAAGUUUGUUGUAGUUUUCUGUGGUGGAAUACUAUUAUCUACUGCACCAGUAACAUAGGGUUUAUUGCAUUAGUCUCAGGACCUUCCACAUCAGAAAUAGGACUGCGAUGGAUCUAUCUAAAUGAGAUCACUAGUGUUCUUAAUCCAGGAAAAAAUUGAAAACUGGGCUGCAGUAUAUAGAUAUUUGAACAAAAAAAUAUGGAAGUGUAAUAUGGAACAUAUGGACCAAUUUCUUCGGAUGGAAUGUUUGGAAGUGGUUAUAGGUGGCAACCUCAGAAUGAUAUAGGCUAUACAGUGUCCAUUAACCUCAUGUCCAAAAAUAGUCAUAAAAUCAAAGUGUUGAAGACGUGAUACAAGCGUCCGUGUGAAAGUCAUGAGGACAAUAGAUGUCGAAACAUAGAGAGAUUGCUUAUGGGACAAUUAAGGAUCAUUAGUGGCUGUCGAUGUUCAUAUGAUUGUUUAUGUUGUUUUGGUCUGAAGUGUUCUUGACUUUUGUAUGAUGGUAAGCUGAAAUGCACAUAGAAUAAAAACAAGUAGACUACACAUAAUCUUUUCUUGUGAUUAUCUGCAGUUCUGCAUCAUAAUGUAGUCGUCCUUGAUGAGGCUUUUUGGCUGAAAUGAGUUCAUUACAAUAACAGAGUUUUGCUGGGGUUUCUUUUUCAUUUUUUUAAGGAAAGAAUUUGAGGUUUUUGUUUAUUCAACAUAGAAUGGAAAUUCCGACAAGCCCUUAGUUUGGUGUAAAAAUAUGCUUUAGUCUAUUACAAGAAAUUUCCCUCCCCAAAAAAAAAAAGUUAGGAAAAGGGGUCAGGAGUAUGGACCAUAACUUCUAGCUCUUGUGUUCAUACAGGGGAAAGGCUGAGUAUGAAUUAUAACUUUGUCUCAGGAGUUGAAAUUCUUUGAGAGUUUCAUGUGUGCAUUUAGUUUAUUGGUCUUUUACUAUAGAGCAUGAAGUUUGAGUUGUUAACUUGCGCCAGUAGCUACAAGUGAAGGUCUCACUUGAUUUGACUUAGUAAUGGAAGCAUGAAUGCAUCUGUUGUGAGAAUCUGACAUCCUGCACAUGAAACCAAUGAUCAGAAAAGCAAACGGGGCUGAAUGUGUUAAACUUGCAGGAGGAGAAUUGCAGGAGAAAGCUGCAGAGCAUCUGAAGAUGGGGAGGACAAGGGCUAGGUGACAUAUGGUGCCCAAAGGUCUUCUUCUUCUUCUUUUUUUUUUUUUCUUCUUUUCUUUUGGGAUUUGCAGACUCGGAGGGUGUUACAUAAUCACGGGAAUAUGCUGAUAGGUUUUUUUUUAAAAAAAUUUUGUAUCCUGACAUUAACAAAUUUUGUACAGCUAUGUGGUUAAACAACUCUAUAAUGGUAUUAUUCUUUAUUCCAUGCUAUAAGAUGGAGAAAGCUCUUUGGUGCGAACAGGGUAAAAGAUAUCAUUUCUAAGAAUAUGUUUGUUUGAUGGGUUUGAAAAGUUUUGAGAGUUAUGCAGGGUGAAAAGUAGUAUAGUAUGCAAUGUGGAGUUUUGAGUUUGGGUGAAAAUAGUAGGCACCGUGCGUUAUGUACCGUGGGGAAAUGUCAAAAAAUCAAUAUACACAAACGUCUUUUUUUUUUUUUUGGAUUUG